AUCUUUAUCUGGCCGUGCCGGGCUCCGGCGGCAGAGCGGCAGAGCGGCGCUGCGACCAACAGACCCACCUGCAGGCCUGAGCCCACGUGACGCUGAAGACGAUGAUGACCUUCUCCCAUGUCAGAGGCCUCUUCUGAGUACCUGGCGCCGCCCCUGGAAUCCGAGGGACCCCCCGAGAGGGGCGAGCAGGAGGCUCUGAGGAAGAAGCCGAAAGGCCUGACCAACAUGUUCAGCAUCUUCACCAAAGGGAGGAAGAAGAAGGGCCAGCCCAGUGCUGCCAAGACGGAGGGCAAGCCUGAGCCCGAACCCCAGCGUGGGGACCUACUGUCCACGGCGGAGGAGCUCAAGGCGGCGCUGGAGCUCGGGCGGCUGGAGGCCGCGGCGCCGCUGCUUGCUCUGGAGCGGGAGCUGGCGGCGUCGGCGGCGGCGGGCAGCGCGAGCGAGGAGGAGCUGGUGCGGCGCCAGAGCAAAGUGGAGGCGCUGUACGUGCUGCUGCGCGACCAGGUGCUCAGCCUGCUGCGCCGGCCGCUGGAGGUGGCGCCGGAGCGGCUGCGCCAGGCGCUGGCCGUGUUGGCGGAGCAGGAGCGCGAGGACCGGCGCGCGGAGGCCGCGGGGCCCGGGCCCUCGGCGCUGGCGACCACGCGCCCGCGGCGCUGGCUGCAGCUGUGGCGGCGCGGCGUGGCGCAGGAGGCCCAGGAGCGCCUGGACCAGCCGCCGCCCGCGGACGCCGAGGGCCGCACGGAGGCAGAGCGCGCCUUCCUGCACAUGGGCCGCACGUUGAAUGGGGACCUGGAGGCCGUGGUGGAGCGGCUGAAGCCGCUGUUCCCCGCCGAGUUCGGCGUCGUGGCGGCCUACGCCGAGAGCUACCACCAGCACUUCGCGGCCCAGCUGACGGCCAUGGCGCAGUUUGAGCUGUUGGAACGCGACACCUACCUGCUGCUGGUCUGGGUGCAGAACCUCUACCCCAACGACAUCAUCAACAGCCCCAAGCUUGCCGGCCAGCUGCAGGGGGUCGAGCUGGGGAGCCUGCUGCCACCCCGGCAGAUCCGGCUGCUGGAGGCCACCUUCCUGUCCAACGAGGUGACCAGCGCGAAGGAGCUGAUGGCCCGAGCCCUGAGCCUGGAGUCACAGCACUGGGCCCAGGACGUGGCCCCCCAGCGGCUAGACGGCCACUGCCACAGCGAGCUGGCCAUCGACAUCAUCCAGAUCAUCUCUCAGAGCCAGGCCAAGGCCGAGAGCAUCACGGCUAACCUGGGCGUGCAGAUAAAGCCCCUGCUUUGGGUGGAGCUGGCUGCAUUUCUGAGGAGCUACCAGCGAGCCUUUGACGAAUUUCUGGAGCGGUGCAGACAGCUGGGGAAUUACAGGGCCACGGUCAUGGCCAACAUCAACAGCUGCUGGUCCUUGCGGACGUUCAUCAAGCAGAACCAGCAGACACCCCAGGACCUCCUGGGCUACCUGAGUAAGCUCAAGAGUCACGGCUUCGACACGCUGCUCCAGAGCCUGGUGGAGCGCCUGCAGCCCCUGUUCAAGAACUUCUCGCACACCCGCUGGGCGGCCUCGGAGAAGACCAUGGAGAACAUCGUCCGCACGGUGGAAAGCGCGCUGCCCGAGUUCUCGGGGCUGCGAGACUGUUUCCGGGAGGAGCUCAUGGAGCUCGUCCACCGGCACCUGGUGAAGGAAUACAUCGUGCAGCUCAGCAAGCGGCGCCUGGUGCUCAAGACCGCAGAGCAGCAGCGGCACCUGUCGGGGCAGAUCUUGGCCAAUGCCGACCUCAUCCAGCGCUUCUGCACUGAGCACGGCUCCUUGGCGACCUGGCUGCACCAGGCCCUGCCCACACUCGCCGAGAUCCUUCGCCUGCAAGACCCCAACGCCAUCAAGAUGGAGGUGGCCACUUACGCCACCUUGUACCCUGACUUCAGCAAGGGCCACCUGAGCGCCAUCCUGGCCAUCAAGGGGAACCUGUCCAGCAGCGAUGUCAAGAGCAUCCGGAGCAUCCUGGACGUCAGCGCUGGGGCGCACGGGCCCCACAAGUCCCUGUUCUCACUGAUAAACGCUGCUUAGCUCUUCCUGCGGCCUGACCUGCUGUGGGCGCUCGGCGGGCAUUGGACACGCCCCUUGGGGGCAGCCACCCCACUGGGGGGCAGUUCAGACCGGCACCGGCUUCUCGGCCCCUCACGGGCCCCCUGCCUCCUGCUGCUGCUGCUGCUGCUCAGGCCUCGCCGAGGUGUGGGGCCCUAGGCAGCUGGAACCGGACAGGCUCGCUUUGUCACCAGUCCUGCGGGGGCAGGCACACCCGCCGCGAGGAGCCAGGGAGGCCACACCUGAGGACGGACGGUUGCUCCUGUGUUUGCUGAAGGCGGGAGAGGGGCCGGGGCUCAGAGGUCCCAGGUCCCCUCCUGCCGGUGGGGCCCUUCCCAGUCCACCUCGCAGCUGCUCCCCCGUGGCCCGUCCGUGCACCCGGGCGGGCGGAAGGCAGCUGGAAGAGGAAGGGAAAGAGGAGCCCUUAUCUGGGGCCGGGGAAGGGGAGUCCCCCAGAACACUGGGGCCCCUCCAGCGCCAAAGCCCUCCUCCAGAUUGCACGGGGACCCCUGCAGCACAGACCCUGGCCUCUCCCAUUGCCCACAGGCACCCCCUGAGGGGGGCCCAGGAGGAGGCCUCCGGGGUCUUCUAGGGCUCAGCCUGCCCCCCCCAUGCAGGCCCUGGGUGGGGCAAGCUUGACCUCUGACCCCUUUCCCUGUGUUAGUUUCCUCCUGCUGCUGUAACAAAUUUCCACAAACGUAGCAGCUUAAAGCAAGACUUAUUUUCAGUUCUGAGGCCCUGUGCAGGUCUGCGACUUGAGGCCUGGGCGGGCUGUUCCUCCCGAGGCUCUGGGGGAGCACCCCCUGGCCUCCCGCAGCCGUGAGAGACCACCCUGCCCGAAAUCGUGGCUCACAGUGCCCCCCCCACCCCAGAGCCUGUCCCAC